GGCGGUGUCGCCCGAGCGUCCGGGGUGUCCCUCUCCACGCAGCCCCGAGCGCCCGCGCGUGCCCCUCCCUUCUCGCGGACCUCGCGCUCCCGGCGCCCGGAGUGGCCCUUUAAAAGGCAGUGCCCCGUCCGGAGGGGCGGGCGGGGGCGCUGACCGCUGCCCGAGGCCCGGCCCCCGUCCCUCCCCCUCGCUCCGUCCCCGCGUCGCUCGCUCGCCCGCCGGCCGGCGCACGCUCCGCCCCCGCCAGUUGGCUCCGCGGUGUGGUGCGCGGCGUGGAGAGGGAGCCGGUCUGGACGCGCGGCGGGGCUGGGGGCUGGGGGCGCAGCGCGCGCAGCUUCCCCGAGCGAGAUCGGCGCCCGCCACCGGGCGAGGCCCGCGCCGCGAUGGCAGAGAUGGGCAGCAAGGGGGUGACGGCGGGAAAGAUCGCCAGCAACGUGCAAAAGAAGCUCACCCGCGCGCAGGAGAAGGUCCUCCAGAAGCUGGGGAAGGCGGAUGAGACAAAGGACGAGCAGUUUGAGCAGUGUGUCCAGAACUUCAACAAGCAGCUGACUGAGGGUACCCGGCUGCAGAAGGAUCUCCGGACUUACCUGGCCUCCGUCAAAGCCAUGCACGAGGCCUCCAAGAAGCUGAAUGAGUGUCUGCAGGAGGUGUACGAGCCCGACUGGCCUGGCAGGGAUGAGGCAAACAAGAUCGCAGAGAACAAUGACCUGCUGUGGAUGGAUUACCACCAGAAGCUGGUGGACCAGGCGCUGCUGACCAUGGACACGUACCUGGGCCAGUUCCCUGACAUCAAGUCACGCAUCGCCAAGCGGGGGCGCAAGCUGGUGGACUAUGACAGUGCCCGGCACCACUUCGAGUCCCUUCAAACCGCUAAAAAGAAGGAUGAAGCCAAAAUUGCCAAGCCUGUCUCGCUGCUUGAGAAAGCCGCCCCCCAGUGGUGCCAAGGCAAACUGCAGGCUCAUCUCGUAGCUCAAACUAACCUGCUCCGAAAUCAGGCCGAGGAGGAGCUCAUCAAAGCCCAGAAGGUGUUCGAGGAGAUGAACGUGGAUCUGCAGGAGGAGCUGCCUUCCCUGUGGAACAGCCGUGUAGGUUUCUAUGUCAACACAUUUCAGAGCAUUGCUGGUCUGGAGGAAAACUUCCACAAGGAGAUGAGUAAGCUCAACCAGAGCCUCAACGGCGUGCUGGUCAGCCUGGAGAAGCAGCAGGGGAGCGGCACCUUCGAGGUCAAGGCGCAGCCCAGAAAGAAAACUAAACUGUUCUCCCGGCUGCGGAGAAAGAAGAACAGUGAUGACGCCCCUGCAAAAGGAAACAAGAGCCCCUCGCCUCCGCCCGAUGGCUCCCCUGCCGCCACCCCCGAGAUCAGAGUCAACCACGAGCCAGAGCCUGCUGGCGGGGCUGCUGCUGGGGAUACCCUCCCCAGGUCCCCAUCUCAGCUGCGGAAAGGCCCGCCAGUCCCUCCGCCUCCCAAACACACCCCGUCCAAGGAGGUCAAGCAGGAGCAGAUCCUCAGCCUGUUUGAGGACACGUUUGUCCCUGAGAUCAGCGUGACCACCCCCUCCCAGUUUGAAGCCCCGGGGCCUUUUUCGGAGCAGGCCAGUCUGCUGGACCUGGACUUUGACCCCCUCCCGCCCGUGGCGAGCCCCGUGAAGGCACCCACGCCCUCUGGUCAGCCAAUUCCGUGGGACCUCUGGGAGCCCACAGAGGGUCCAGCUGGCAGCUUGCCUUCCGGGGAGCCCAGUGCUGCUGAGGGCACCUUUGCUGUGGCCUGGCCCAGCCAGACGGCCGAGCCGGGGACUGCCCAACCAGCAGAGGCCUCAGAGGUGGCGGGUGGGACCCAACCUGCGGCCGGAGCCCAGGAGCCCGGGGAGACAGCGGCAAGUGAAUCAGCUUCCAGCUCUCUUCCUGCUGUCGUCGUGGAGACCUUCCCAGCAGCUGUGAACGGCACCGUGGAGGGUGGCAGCGGGGCUGGGCGCUUGGACCUGCCCCCGGGGUUCAUGUUCAAGGUGCAGGCCCAGCACGACUACACGGCCACCGACACAGACGAGCUGCAGCUGAAAGCUGGCGACGUGGUGCUGGUGAUCCCCUUCCAGAACCCCGAAGAGCAGGAUGAAGGCUGGCUCAUGGGCGUGAAGGAGAGCGACUGGAACCAGCACAAGGAGCUGGAGAAGUGCCGUGGUGUCUUCCCUGAGAACUUCACCGAGCGAGUGCAGUGACGGAGUGGCCUCUGGCAUGUGAAGAACACCUCUUCCCGAAAAAUGUGUGGUUCUUUUAUUUUUAUUUUUUUCGUUGUUGUUUUUAAACUUUUGCAAAACAGAGGGAAAUCAAGAGGAGAGACCUACGAGGUGUUCUCCCAGAGAUUGGGUGGUUUUCCAAGGAGCCCGUCCCGCAAGUCGGUGGGAUUCACCGGUGUUCCCGAGCGGCUGUGACCCCUCGCUGAGCCCCGCGCCCUGCCCGUGCCGCGUGUGUGCGGGCCUCGGGGCGGGGCGGGGCGGGGCUGCCCAGCCACACGCUUGCCUGAAGCUUCGGCCGUGUCACGGGCAAGGGGCCUUUUUCUGGCAGCUGCUGUGGGUGGGCCCAGAGCCAGCCCAGCCCAGCCCGGCCCUGCAGACGGUCUGUGUGCUGUUUGAAAAUAAAUCUUAGUGUUCAAAACGAGACGAAACAAAAACUGA